CAUCAAGGUAUGCAUCAUUGAAGUAUCCGGUCCACUUCAAGUAAAAGACUACACCGACUUUGUCAGUGAUCGAAGAAAGCUUGCAGUAACAUGCUGCAGCGCGUGACUAUAUAUGGCUUGCACUUAUAUGUACAUAAAGAGUAUAUCUACUCUUUAAAGAUGCCGCAAUGCGGUAUCUAUUUAUUCCAACAAGAAAAAAAGUUGCAGAUGCCAGUGGAUCCAGCAACAGCGAAAUCGGACGUUCCCCAAUGGUCAAAGCAUUAUGGCAACUUAAGUGUAAUCUUGUUCAAAGUGUUGUUCCACAAGACUUUACCCACAGCAUCGAAAAUUCAUCAUAUCGUGCCAUCAUUUUGCGUCAUCAUGCUGCCGGAUCUGCAACGCCAGCAUAGAGGACACCAACCGCUUUUUGUUUUUUUGUCCAAAGAAAGAAUUGGUCUGGCGGCAAACAUGGGCACCGAUUAAUUUCGCGGACCCUGACCUUGUUACAAUCAGCCGAGUUAUUCAGAAUGCCACUUUCCCAAGACACAAUUCGAAAUUAACCGCACUCCUA